UAAUCUCUCAUGCAAAUAACGCCUAUAUAAGUGAGACCCAAGCAUACACUCCUCAUACCUACUCAUAUAACACAAACAAUAUAUCUUCCUCUUACACACAAACAUCAACGAAUCAAAUUUUUUGAUAAUGAAUACUUUCACAGCCACAUCAGUUCUAAUCGUUGCGAUUAGCGUUUUGCUUACUACAUCCAGCGUUCAGAGCACUGAACAGCAAGACUUCAUAAACACUCACAACGCCGCACGUUCGCAGGUCGGAGUACCUAACCUUGUAUGGGACGCAACGGUCGCGAGCUACGCACUGAACUACGCAAACGCUAGAAAAUCCGACUGCAACCUCGUGCACUCGAACGGACCGUAUGGAGAAAACCUAGCCAAGGGAAGUAGCAGCACGUUCUCGGCCAUAUCGGCUGUGAAUCUUUGGGUCGCCGAGAAACCUUACUACAACUAUACUACCAAUUCUUGCACAGGUGGACAACAAUGCUUGCAUUACACGCAGGUGGUGUGGAGCGAGUCAGUGAAGUUAGGAUGUGCUAGGGUUCAGUGCACCAAUGGUUGGUGGUUCGUGACAUGUAACUAUGAUACACCCGGGAAUUACAUCGGAGAGUACCCUUACUAAUCUUGACAAUAAUAUGAAUUAACAUAAUAUAUAAAGAUAUUUAUGAAUAAAGUUAAUUUGAAUUACUACUUUUAAGAAAACAAAUAUCUUUCAAUUUCAGGAUGUAAUAACUUAUAAGUUUCACAUAAAGAGGUUGUAAGGUUUACCAUCCUUUCGCAAUUAAUCAAAAGUUGUUGUUGUUGUUUUUUGUUGUUGCAAUUUCCAUUAUGUAUCGAGAAUGUUUGUUAUACUCUCAAAUGUUAUUGAUAUC